CUUACAAUAAUAUUCAACCAAAUCAAAAUGUUGAAUCUGAACAAAGUAUUGAAUUUGAACAAACUAUUAAAUCUGAACAAAGUAUUAAAUCUGAAUAUAGUUUAAAUCAAAAUACUGAACAAAAUCAAUUAAUUGAGUCACAUCAACAUCAAGCUAUUGAAUUGAAUUAUGAUAUUGAGUUGAAUCAAAUUGUUGAAGUUUUACCAAAUGAUUUGUAUCAUCUUGGUUGCACUACAGGAAUAAUCAACAAGUGUUAUUCAGCAAAUGAAUUGGAAUUAAUAGGAUCACAAGAGUUUAUUGAACUUGAAGACAUACCUACCAUUUCAGUUGGUGUUCACGAAGCUGCACUUGCACAAUCAGCAUCAACUAUUAUUGACAUUCGCUCUAAUUGUCAUACAAAAUGUGACCAAAAUCAUUGUAAAUGUAAGAAAGCUGGUAUUGUCUGUAAAUCAAAUUGUCAUCCUAGUAAUAAUUGUUGUGUAAAUCAUGACGAAUAA